AGAACCUUUCCAAUUGGUCUAUGUUUUUGAAUGAAAAACGCGCUCAAUUGCGCUUUUUUCUUGAAUGAAAAAUUGAUAAUUUCUGUUUUCCCGUAGUUUUUCCUCCUUAAUGCUGCGUUAUGGAUUUUGAAAUCAGGAAAGACGCGGAAAUUUCGACCAUUUUCAACGAAUCUCAAUCGGACCAUAUUCAAGAGUCGCUGAUCGUGAAAUUAAUUCGCAUUUAUAACGAAGCUGACGAUGAAGAAUUCACCAGCAGUUUUAUUACGUGUCUUAAAACGGUCAUGUGUGCUCCUGGAGAUGUUAAUAUCGCCGUCGAUAAAGUAUUCGAAUUCGUCGCUCAAUUUAUCAUAACUGUAGCCGGAUUAGAUGCGCCGGAUAAUUCGCACGUACCCGAAGAAACGCUCGUAUUGUGUUAUAAUGUGUUCGGUUUCAUGAAGAAAAAUCACGAUGUACCAUCGCCGAUCGUUAGGAAGAGAGUUUGUCAGUUUAUAUCCAAACUACUCCUCAGGAUGAGUCCAGAUGCCAUGUUGGAUAUCAAGAUUUGCGAUAUGAUAGUUCAAAUAAUGCUCGAAAGGAUCAAGGAUAAAGUUCCUGUGAUUAGAAUGCAAGCUAUUCUCGCUGUGUACAGACUUCAAGAUAGUUCAGAUAAAACGUGCCCAGUCACGAAAGCUCUCGCCGACUGUAUGGAACACGACACAUCCGCAGAAGUACGAAGACUAGCUUUAUCCAAAAUAUCCAUAGUACACAGAUACUUGAUAGAGAAAAUCAUCCAACGCACGGAUGACGUAUCGGAAAAAGUACGCAAAGAAGCGUACACAGUUUUGAGUAGACUGCAUAUAAAACAAUUCACCAUCGAACAAAGAAAACAGCUCUUAGAUACCGGUCUCUACGACAACAACGAAUUGGUUAGGAACACGGUGAAGAGUGUAUUGUUACCAGCUUGGCUUAAACGACUGGAUUAUAAAUAUUUAGAUUUCCUGAAAGCUCUAGAUUUACAAGUCCGUUCUAUGGAAAUGACCACGAAAGCUCUGAUGUCUCUUUUUCAUUCCUCGGCUGACGAAAACGCGUUGCAAACGUUGAAACCAAUUAUGGAUAGUAUGAAUUUAGUCACGUUCGAUAAAUUGAAUCCGGAAUCAGCGUUUUUUUGGAGAUGUUACGUGUUUUUUCAAUCGUCUAUGGUAUCGGAAAAGAAUAAUUACCGGUGGGAAUCUUCCAAAUCUUACGAUGCUACUCAAGAUGGUCUUUUACCCGAUCUCAGCAUUUUUUGCACUUAUAUUAAAACGUAUUACGAAGUUACUUCGACUGAAUUUUCCGAUGAUCAGCCAUGGAGGAAAAAAGAACAAGAAUUUAUUUUAAUUCAACUCGUCGAAUUGUGUAAAACUUACGAUUACGGCGAUGAAGUCGGAAGGAAAGAAUUAAAAGUUCUGUGCGUCGAAUUACUGAAAAACAUCGAAAUGGAGACCAUUAGACCGGUGACAGAGUUAUAUUUCAUGCUGCAAACCAAUCUUAACGAGAGUAUCUCCAAAAUAACAGAACUGAUUAACGAUUUGCUAUAUCCCAAUGCUGCCGAUAAUGAUGAUCAGUCUCGUCCUGUUAAUUCCACUGAACAAAUCGACAUGAGCCCGAACGAAGAGCAGGAUAUGAAAUUUAAAAUAGCUCAAUUGAACGUUAAAAUAAGCGAACUAAAAGAACAACAAGAAGACGCUAUAAGAAACGAAGAUUUUACCAAAGCUCAAGAUUUAAAGGCCGAAAUAUCCGACAUGCUAGAUAAAAUUCAAGACUUGAAAGCCACUUUAAUGGGAACCAGAAGUAUUAAUUCGGUUAAUUUUACAGAAGACAGUAUAUCUGAUCACGAAGAAGAAGAAGAUCCUAAAAACCCGUGGGAGAAUCUGGAAUUGGCUACCGUUCGUAGAAGCUUGACAAUAUUGCAAGAAAUGCUGCAUUUAUCCAUUGUUAAACAACUAACUCCGGAACUUCGGACGCUUUUUCAAAUGCUCGUCCUUCCAGGAUGUAAAAGUGAUAAUUGUGUAAUAGCACCUUUGGCGACAGAAGUUUUAGGCUCGUGUUGUCUCAGAGAUGUUGCAUUGGCCAAAGAACAUUUCGUUACUUUUUUUGCAUUGUGUGGUAAGAGCGACAUUUGCGCAAGUGCAUUGAAAGUGAUUUUCGAUUUUUUGCUGUGUUACGGACCCAACGCAUUCGAUAUAAAUAAUCUGAAUGAUUAUGAGAAAUAUGCCAAAAUUUCAUCUACACGAAAAGUACGUAAAAAUCGCGUUCCCGAUACGGACGACGAAGAUUCGUCUGAUUUCUCUUCAGAAGAGAACGGAGACGACAUGCAACCUCCAGAAAACGCUCAAGAUACUGGAGUGUCAGGAUAUACCUUCAUAAGCGUACUGGUAGAUUUAUUGAACGAUGAAUUCGUAGAUGCUCGUUUUACCGUCGUUCAUGGAUUAUGCCAACUAAUGGCGGCCGGAAAGCUUAAAUCUUCCAAAGUUUUAGCGAGAUUAAUCUUGAUAUGGUUCCAUCCGGCUUCAAAGGAAUCGGUUGAAAUUAGAGACUGUUUGAAUUUCUUUUUUCCAUUUUACGUUAAACAUUGCUCGUGGUCGUUGUCUUUAUUCGAAAAUGCGAUCGUUACUACGAUGGAUACCUUAUUCAAUGCGCCUGUAAAUAAUCCUCUGAGUAUAAUUGAUCAAAAAAGCGUCCUCAAAGUCUUAUGUAAUCUAACCAGUCCGAGUUUUGUUCACGAAAACCCGGAAGUUGGCGAAAAUACGCAUUUCAAUAUCGCUGUUUCUUUAUGUAAUCAUAUAAUCGAUUUGAAUGAUUCGACACAUCAAGCCGUGCUGCUCAAAGGAUUAGAUUAUUUAGAUUUAACUUGCACGGAUCCUGUCAUGUUACCUACUUUAGAAACCCUGAUGGAUAAAGUUAUAAAAAAAUUCAGUAAAAAGAGUAAUAAAAAAUUAACCGGCGAAGCGAAAAAACUGCUUACAAAAAUUCUAUCUGUAAAGAAAAAUCGUCAGAAAGUAUCGUCGAUACAGAAUACAAUUUUAGAAAGGUCCGAAGAAAAUCUCGAUGAAAUAAUUGAAGAAUCAUAAACGUCGAGUUUUAAUUUGUUUUCGUUUUUAUUUUACGAUUUUUAAAAUCAACAUUGUACAUAAUUUUGUCGAAUGUUUCUCUUUUUAAUAUUUUAAUGAUCGCUCUUCUUGAACAUUCCCCCCUUGUAUAAUUUCCAUGUAAUAUACUUAAUUUUCCGAGGAGAA